UCUAAGCAGCAUUUGUAGGUUUAAAUCUUUUCGCUGACUCUUUCUCAAUGGGUGCUCAAGCCUACGGAACUUUCCCAAAAUCAUGGAGGGUAUGAAAUACUUAGAGGUGCUUGGUUUGGAAGGAACAGCUAUAAAAGAACUACCAUCAUCAAUUCAAAAUCUGAAAAGCCUCCAAAUGUUGUAUUUGAGCAAUUGCAAGAACCUUGUGACUCUUCCAGACAGCAUUAAUGAUUUGAGAUCUCUUAAACGAUUGAUACUCCCUGGUUGUUCAAACUUGGAGAAGUUUCCCAAGAAUCUGGAAGGCUUAUGCUCCUUAGUAGAACUAGAUUUGAGUCACUGCAAUCUAAUGGAAGGGUCAAUACCCACUGAUAUCUGGGGUCUAUAUUCCUUGUUUACAUUAAAUCUAAGUGGAAACCAUAUGGUUAGCAUACCAUCUGGCAUCACUCAACUUUGUAGACUCCGUCUCCUUGAUAUCAGUCACUGCAAGAUGCUCCAAGAAAUUCCAGAGCUUUCAUCGAGUCUACCACAAAUAGAUGCCCACGGCUGCACGAAGCUGGAAAUGUUAUCAAGUCCAUCAUCUCUACUCUGUCCUUUCCUCAAAUGGUUCAAACGGUUCAAUCCAACAAGUAAUGAGUACAUGAAUCGGAAUUGGAAGAAAGGCAAGGUAAUUAUUAUUCCGGGAAACGGUGGAAUUCCAGGGUGGGUGUUGCAUCAGGAGAUUGGAAGCCAAGUAAGAAUAGAGCUUCCUUUGAAUUGGUACGAGGAUGACCACUUUCUGGGAUUUGCUUUCUUCUUUCUUUAUCAUAAAGGGAAUCAUUUUGAGGUUCCAUAUUAUUUUGAUUUGACAUUGCACGGUGAUUCGGAUGAAAUGAAUUGUGGGUGA